AUGUCAAAGAUGGUAAUAGUAGUAUAAAUACUGACUGCCUUGCAAUAAAGAAAGAAAUCAAGUUGCCUGUGACCGCUGUUGCAAAUAGUCCUAAGCAAAUCAUAGCUUUUCCUGUAUCAAAAAGAGAGAAUAUGAACGCAAAACACGACCUGCCCAUACCUUCAGUAGAUACAGAAACACUUUCUCAUUUCGAUCCUUUGAUGAAGAUAAUAGACAAAAUAGCAGAUGGACAAAGAGUGCCGCCGCAAAUUAGCAUGCAGUACGAAAUGCUCCGAUUUUGUACACUUCGUUCAUAUCCGAAGGAAAAUAAACCAUAUAUAACUAGAAUUGCACAAGCAGGGUUUUAUUAUGCAAAUAAUGGGGACGAGGUAGUGUGCUAUUGUUGUGCGCGAAGAAAAAGUAACUGGAGUGAGAGUGACAUUCCUGUGGAAGUUCAUCGACAAAUGAAUCCGAACUGCAGAUUUUUGGUUUGCAAUUCCGCUGUCAAUGUUCCAAUUAAACCAACUGAAGUAAACAGUACAAAAGCAUCGAUGGUGUCACAACACAGGAAAAGAACUAAUGAAAUGUCAACUGUGGUACAUAAAACAGUUGAAAAUGCAAUUCAGUCAAAUCUAGAUUCUUCUACCGGUAUGUUGAAUAGAAACACUGUCCAGGCUGAUGCCUCUGCUGUCGCAAUGUCUUCUCCCGCGCACCACCUUGCCGAUCACCUGACUGGACUAAGUGUCGUAAUGAGCAGUAGUAAUAAGUCGUUGUUAAACUCCAGUAGACAUGCGAAUGAUCCUGUUGAAAGUAUAGCUGCAAAUACUUAUCCUGGGUACAGUAGUUCUACUGACGAAGAAAGAAGGGCGCAACAGAAUGUUACCCCAAAGUAUCCAAAGUACGCCAGUAAAAGUAUUCGAGUUGCAAGCUUCAGUGAAUGUGGUGACAUAGUCAUUUCGCCAGACUUUCUAGCUGAAACAGGUUUCUUUUAUGCUGGAUUUGGUGACUGUGUGAGAUGUUUCCAGUGUGGAGUUGGUCUUCGACAUUGGUCUGAAGAAGAUGAUCCUUGGAUAGAACAUUCCAGAUGGUCGAAGGACUGCCUUUUUGUUAAACAAAUGAGAGGUCAGGAAUUUGUGAAUCUUGUGCAGAUGGCGGUUCAAUAUUCACAAAACCAUGAUCAAAAUGGAAAUAAAACGCCCACAGACAGUAUGACAGCUGCCACACAUGGAAGAGAUGUAAUAGAGAAUCUAUUGCACAGUGAUGCAGCCCAAAGUGUAUUAGAGAUGGGAUAUCAUCCGGAUGUUAUAAGAAGUGCUAUCGGACAAAUAUUAGAGUUAAACGACCGACCUCAUCUAACGGCAGUAAAGUUGAUGGAAAAAAUAUUUGCUAUUGAAGAGGGUGAGAACUUAAACAGAGCAGAGCAAAAUGCGACACAAGAACAAGAUCACUGUGCAUUGGAAACGGAGGAUAAACGAGAGAAAACUGAACAGUACAAUGCUUGUAAAUCUGGCACAAGGGCAAAAGAUAUAAACAAAUAUAACAGUGAUAGUUCCAGUUUGUCUGCACAGUAUUCCAAUAUUUCCAAAUCUAUGAAACCAGGAUGCAAACAGAUUUCAGAAAGGAAGAGGAUAAAAGAAGAAAAUGAAAAUCUUAAACAGCAGUCUGUUUGCACAAAGUGUAAACAGAACGAUGUAUGCAUUGUUUUUCUACCAUGUGGACAUUUAGUAACAUGUGAAGGCUGUGCACCAUCUCUUAGAUAUUGUUCAGUUCAAACAUGUGGAAAAUACAUUAAAGGGACAGUUAGAACAUACCUAGCAUAAAACGACCGUUUAAAACGUGGAAGAUAAAAUAAUUAUAAACUAUGUCUUAAUUUUUCAUUGGAGUACGCCUUGUCAUUGGCAAAAUACAUUUGCGUUUGUUCUGUACUAUGUAUAAGCAGAAACUUAAACAUGAUACACUGUACUUUUUGCAAGUCCAGGACAAUGGGCACGUUACACUUAGUCAGCGGAUUAAACAGUUUGCAUCUAUAAAACGACUUUAACAUAUGUUUAUAGAAAAUUAGUCUGUUUUCGAUGGUUUUAAGUGCAUUCAAUAUACACUUUUGUGGAUGAUUCAAUCUCAUGUAUUCAAUGAAACACAUUAAUUCAAUUUCAAAUACUUUGAUCUUGAUUUCAAAACGUCUCUACCACUUACAUUCAUUGAAAUUUAUUGUAUUUUGUUGUCUUGAUGCUAUAGUAUAAUUUAUGUUUUUCAUUAGUAUGUAUGUACUUUAUUCGUAAGGAAGUGAUAUAAACAUUCCUUUUUGUGACAAUAUGCUGUACAUUAAUGAUGUUCCUUGAAUGUUGAUUUGUUACCUUUAAAUACAUAAAAAAUUAUAUGUCACCAAGUGCAAUAAUAUUCCGCUUAUAAAUAACUGUAAACAUGUAAAUAUUUGUGUCUAUUUUGUUUUUUAAUACACCAUUUUCAUAAAAUCUCAAAAAGUGUUUUACGUGUUACAACGUGUUAUAAGUCUUUCAGACUCUAUUUGAUAUAAAAGAUGUAAAUUCGAAGGGUGUAGUAGAUUGUGUCCGAUUGUUUAUAAACGGACUAUUUUAUUUCCUUAAAUACAGAACUGCUUCAAAAAUGACAUUUGUCUGUACUGAAAGGAACCGUAACGAUUAUGCUGCUAGUUGUGAACCAGAUGUGCUUAUGGUAUAUGGCUAUGUAUGUAAAUUAAUAAAUAUUGAACUUGGACGAUUUUAUUUUUAACAGGUUGGUUUGUAUCUUUGUACAGGUUGUGCGGUUUUUGGUUUUAUUUUAAUAACUGAUAUAUGUUUUAUAAUUAUGUAUUAUAUUUGUGAUUAUCUAAGGAAAGUGUUUGUGACAGGAUAUGUCCCUAUUUGAUCUCAUUAAAAAAUUUAGUAGCAUCACUAACAUGUUCAUAAUCAUGUUCUAUUAGUCUUACUUUUUUAUUUGUAAAUAUUAAACACAUUGGCAUUAUCCCUUAUGCUUAAAUAUUGUUAUCUUGGUGCUAUAGUAUAAUUUGUGAAUAACGUUUUUCAUUAGUAUGUAUGUACUUUAUUCGUAGGGAAGUGAAAUAACAGUUUUUGUGAAAAUGUGCUGUACAUUACUGAUGAAUUGUUACCUUUAAAAAUAUGAAUUUGUAUUUCACCAAGUGAAAUAAUAUUCCGUUUUUAAAUAACUGCAAACAUGUAUGAGUAUGUAUCUAUUUUGUUUUGCAAGACACUAUUUUCACACAAUUUCAUAUUAGUGUUUAGCGGACUUACAGCUUGGUAUAAGUCUUUCAGGCUCUAUUUAAUCUAUAAGAUAUAAAUUUGCAGUUAAAUAAAGAAUCGAUGUAAUAUAUUCUGUCCGAUUGUUCUUUAACGGACUAUUUUAUUUACUUUAAUAUAGAUCAUCUUCAAAAAUGGCAUUUGUCUAUUCUGUGAACCAAAGGUGCUUAAAUGUGAUAAAUUGUUAUAUUUUUAUUUUAUUCAAAGUUGACUGACAUCUUUGUAUAGGUUGCACAGUAUUUGCUUUUAUUUCCGAUUUAUUUUUACACUUUAUUAAUCAAACAUAAUAUCAAAUUUGUUAUUAUCAAAAGCAAGUAUUA